GCCUACUGGAAUGGUGUCACAACGGGUUAGGGGCGGCAGAGGACAACCACUGCCCGGGUCUUUACGUGUUCGCGGGGUUUCCUGACCCAGUUGGGGUCGAUAGUGAUGGCCCAGUGAGAUAGUGGUGCUUCAGUCAACUGAGCUAUUACUGAAGUCUGGCUCCCUGGAAUAGAGGACUGGGCCUCCCAGUGGUUUUAGAACAUACACGCAUGAGGAGUCAGUGAGCUGUUUGAUUUUGGCAAAAUAGAACAUGCCGAUCUCUGAUUCCCCACAGGAAUCUUUUGUGGGAAACUGUCUUAAUGCCUUGUCCGUCAUCUUUGAUCAUUCUUCCCCACUUGCACUUACUUGCCCCUCAUUUCCGGUUGCGACAUUGCCAAAAGUUAGUGGUGUCGGCGUACACUUCGCUGUGACAAAUUACUUAGGUAAACAGAGUACCUUCUCGUGCUGAAAGUGGGAAGAUGCUCAACUUUUAGCAAGUUCAGAAAUCAUAGGACGUCAGGUUAUAUUCCAGGUUUAUUUGAAAACACAAGCUUUUGGAGCCUCAGCCCUUCUUCAGGUGCUGGUGAGAGAGGUAGAAUCAGACACAGAAUUUAUAAACUAAAGAUCAAACGUUCACACCAUUGAUGAGAAUUACUAAACAAACCUAAGAUGCUGUUAAAUCUUUAAUCAGUUUGAAUAUUUUAGUUGAUUUGUAUAUGUAAAUCCCUGAAUUCCUUUUGAGUCACGGUCCUGAGAGAACUAAGAUUUUUUACAGUGUAAAGAAAAGGUGACAUUUUAAGUCUGACAAUGCAUGUUAGGUGUGAGACCUUGUUUAGAAUCUUUGUGUUUUAGUUUGGUGUAAGACUGGUUUUAUUUCUAAAGUAGGACUUUAUAAAACAAAUGACUUUGUUCAAAAAGCACACAAUUUGUAGACAGUCAGAGUGUAUCUGCAAAUACAAAUUCACCCCACAGAAUCAUGUGUGUGAAAGAAGAAAGAAGGUGCAUGUGCGCGCGCGCACACGCACACACACACACACACACACACACACACACAAAUUUAUGGGGUGAAUUUGUAUUUGUGUGUGGAUUUAGCACAUUGUCAUCAUGCCUGUCUGAGUUUCCUCCCCCAGUCCAGAGAUAUGCAGGUUGGGGGGAUUGGCCAUGCUAAAUUGCCUGUAGUGUCCAGGGAUGUGCAGGCUGGUUGAUUAGCUAUGGGGAAUUCAGGGUUGCAGGGAUAAGUUGGGGUGGUGGGUCUGCAUGGGAUGCUGUUUGGAAGCUUGGUGUGGAUUUGAUGGGCUCAAUGGCCUGCUUGCACAGUGUAGUAAUACUAAACAGUAUUAGUCAGAUAUUCAUUGACUGCACUUAUCUUUCAAUGGGCUGAAUCUAGACCAUUGCUUCAAAAUAUAAUUUGUAAGUGGACAACAUGUAGCAUUACUGUUUACUGUCAGUGAUAUUAUGCAGUGUAUUACGAUCAAGUUUGGAGCUGUUAGCAUUUAAAAAUAAACCAAAAUCCUUGAUAUAACAAACAGAGCUACACCACAAGAUUUCACUUUAAAUAAAACACAAAAUUUGUGUGAAAUAAGUUGAAGCAGAGCUAAAGGAAGGCAGUGACCUUGUGGUAUUAUCAUUAGACUAUUAAUCCAGCUACUCAGGUUUGAAUCCUACUUGACAGAUCAAGGAAUUUGAGUUCCAUAAAAAUCUGAAAUUAAGGAUCUAAUGAUGACCAUGAAACCAUUGUCAUUGAGAAGCUUGUCUGGCUUGCUAAUGUUCUUUAGGGAAGAAAACCACUGUCCUUACUUUGGUCUGGCCGAUGUGUGAGUACAGACCCACAAUUAUCAUCUUAGCUGCCCUCUAGGCAAUCAGGGAUUGGCAAUAAAUGCUGGCUGAGCCAAUGAUAUCCACGCCCUGUGAAUAAUUUUAAAAAGAAUGAAAACUGUAAGAGUGCCACAGUCCUCCGGAGAUUUCUGUUCAGCUUCAACUAUUCAAGAGAUAACUUUACAACACUUCGCUCAAUGAAAAAUUAUCGUGACUAGGUGAGAAUGUGGAUUUGAAGUUGUAGUCAGAUCAGGCAUGAUCUGACUUGAUGUGAAGAGGGCUAAUGGCUUACAUUACAGUCCCUACCUGAAAUGUUGACUUUGCUGCUCCUUUGCUGCCUGAUGUGCUGUACUCCUCCAGCAUUAUGCUGUAUUGUUUCUAAUUCAUAGGUUUGUAUGGAUUUGGCAGUGAGAAUUACUGUGAAACUACCAGCAUUCAUCCCAUUACGCUUCUGAAACUACAUGUGGAAGUCCCAGUGUGAAUUCAGAUUUUGUGUGUAACUCUACAUUUAUCCAGUGACAGAAGUGUUAACACUAGAAAUAGGAGCUGGAGUACAUUAUUCAGUUCUUCAAAUCUGCUGUGCAAUUCAACUAGCUGGUUUCUACCUCAGUGCCAUUUUACAGAUUAUCGCCAUACUCCUUUGUGUCUUUAAUAUCUAGAAAUGUAUCAGUUUCUCGAAUUGAAUAUGCUCAAUGAUUGACCUUCCACAGAUCUUUAGGGUAGAGAAUUCCAAAGAUUUACCAGUCUCCAAAUGAGGAAAUCCCACCUUUCAGCCCUGAAUGGACUGCCACUUAAUCUGACACUGAUCCUGAGAUUGCAUGCAGCCCUCCCCAUCCAGUGGAAAUGAUGUUCUUGUAUCUACCCUGUCAAACCCUGGAAGAAUUUCAGGUGCUUCAUCGAAAGCAAAUCUCAUUCUUCUAAACUCUAAAGAAUAAAGGCAAAGCCUCUUCGUUGGACAAUUCUUCCAACCCAGGAAUAAGUCUGGUGGAUCUUCGUUAUACUCUAUCUGAGCAAAUCUGCUGCGUAACAUAGAGCACUGAAGAAUAAUGAAAUGGAAUUCAAUAAAAUGUCUCCUCUUGACUUUCCUGUAUGCAGUGGAAUCCUACGAAUGAGACAUUCCUAACAAACUGUUGACAGAAGGUGAAUGUCAGAUGAAAGAGAUUUAAAGGGAUAAACUGUUUCAAUACUCACGUAAAGGAUUCUAAAGAUUAAGAUGCUCAUAAUGUGACUGGUUUUUCCCACAAAAAAAGGCUGUGGUUGGACAAUCAUGUUUGGAAGUCUGUUCAGAAGAAAUCCAUCUCAGAAGCUAAGUGUUUUGCUGUUGAUUUUUGGGUUUAUUUGGGGCUUGGUACUACUCCGAUAUACAUUCCAGCAUCCAAAACACCAAAGCAGCAUAGAAUUGCGUGAACAGAUUCUGGAACUCAGUAAAAGAUACGUCCGGGCACUUGCAGAGGAAAAUCAGAAUGCAGUGGAUGGUCCUCAUGGUGCUUCAAUGGCAGGAUAUGCUGAUCUGAAAAAAACAAUUGCUGUCCUACUUGAUGACAUAUUACAGCGCCUGGGAAAGCUGGAAAACAGGGUGGAUGACAUGCUUACAAACGGCUUGACAAAUAGUACCAACAAUACCAGCACCAAUCCUGUGUCAGCAGCUUCCAAUAAACAAAUGAAUGUUCAAGAACUUUCAACUUUGUGUGGUUUAACAUCAAUAGAUGGUUUUCCACAUUGUGAAGAGAAAAUUAAGUGGAUGCAAGAGAUGUGGAAAUCUGAACCUUGCUAUGCAAACUAUGGUGUCAAUGGAACAGUGUGUUCAUUUAUUGUAUAUCUCAGCGAGAUUGAGAAUUUCUGCCCUAUGCUUCCAGUAAGAAUAAAUGACGUUGCUAAUAAUGAUACCUUAAAACCCAAGGCCAAGGUUGCAACCAGCCUGGAUGGUUUGCUGGAAAUGCUGGCUGAACGUAAAGAACUCACAUGGAUAAAGCUGAGAAUAGAAAGAAUGAAGGAGAACUGGAUAAUGGAUAUGAAAGCAUUGGCAAAGAAGCAGAAUUUAGAAAAUCGACCAAAAAAAAAGAUUUUACUUCAUUUAGGUCUUUUGACAAAGGAGUCAGGAUUUAAGAUAGCCGAGAAUGUCUUUAAAGGAGGCCCACUUGGGGAAUUGGUGCAGUGGAGUGACCUCAUUGCCUCAAUAUAUUUAUUAGGUCACAACAUGAUGCUUUCUACAUCAGUAAAUGAGUUGAAAGGUUACUUAAGCAUCUUGACUGGAAAUAAAGAUGGAUGUCCAAUCAGGGGACCAAAGCUAUUGGACCUAAUAUACAUUGACAUCGUUGGGUUAAAACAACUGCAAACUGUACUCGGAGGAUCUUUCACCCACUAUCGAUGCUUGUUGAGGGUUCUUGAUUCUUUUGGAACUGAACCAGAAUUUAACCAUGCUGAAUAUGCCAAGAAGAAAAACCAUGGAUCCCCCUGGGGCAAACUGAAUCUAAUUCCUAAGCAGUUUUACAAUAUGUUCCCCCAUACACCUGAUAACAGUUUUUUGGGUUUUGUGGUGGAGCAGCGUUUCGACAGUAAUAAUAUUACACUCAAUAAGAUACCAAGAACUAAUAAAGCUCUGAUUUAUGGUAAACUGGCAGGCUAUUGGAAGGACAAAUCGUCUUUCCUGGAUAUUGUCAAAAAUUAUGCUGAGAUCCAUGGUACUUUUCAUAAUGAAAAUCAUCUCCUUUUACCUGAUUUUAUAAUUAAUCAUGGGAUCCUCAGUGGGCAUGACCUUCAUCUCUUGCUAAGAGAGACAAAGAUUUUUGUAGGACUAGGAUUUCCCUAUGAAGGCCCAGCACCUCUUGAAGCAAUUGCAAAUGGCUGCAUAUUUCUGAAUCCAAAAUUUAACCCUCCAAAGAGCAGGAAAAACACUAAUUUCUUCCAAGGGAAACCAACAUUCAGAGAGCUCUCAUCUCAGCAUCCAUAUGCAGAGGUUUAUAUUGGGAAGCCCCAUGUUUGGACAGUUGACAUUGACAACCCCAGUGAAGUAAAGGAAACAAUGCGUCAAAUAAUGGAACAGAAGGUUGACCCAUAUUUGCCAUAUGAAUUCACAAGUGAAGGAAUGCUGGAGAGAUUAAAUGUUUUUAUCGAAAAACAAGAUUUCUGCCGUCAAAGAGAAAAAUGGCCACCGCUAACUGCACUUAGAGUUAAAAUGGCCAAACCUUCCCAGUCAUGUGUUGAAGCCUGCCAAAGAGAGCAAUUAAUGUGUGAACCUGCCUUCUUCUAUCAACUCAACAAAGAAGUUGAGCUGCAGAGAUAUGAAAUAUACUGCAAUUCUUUAAAAACAGAAAGUGAUUUGUUUCUGCCAGCAUUUAACCCGGAAAACAACAUGUGCUUGUUCCAGUCGGAUUACUUGCUCUUCAGCUGUGCAGGAUCACAUGAACAUUACAAUCGAAUCUGUCCAUGUCGAGAUUAUGUUAAAGGACAGGUUGCUUUCUGCCAGGAUUGUUUGAAAAAUGAAGCACAUAACUAAGCUGCCUUGUUUACUGAAAUGAAAGAAUCCAUCUGUCAGUGUUGUUGCAGGAACAGCAUAAUGAUGCCAAUGGUGACAAGAGAUGGACCAGAAACCGCUUCCCUCAAUGCCUUAUUUCAAUCAUGUGGUAUCAUGGGUAACUUAGAAACUACUGAAACUUAGUCUGUCUUCCACUGCCAUUAGGCAUCUUAACAAUAUUAUCUGUUCUUCACAGUCAUAGAGAUGUACAGGAUGGAAACAGACCCGUCAAUCCAACUCAUCCAUGCAAACCAGAUUUCCUAAAUAAAUCUAAUCCCAUUUGCUCUCAUUUGCCUCAUGUCACUCUAAACCCUUUCUAUUCAUAUACCCCAAAUGCCUUUGAAAUAUUGUAAUUGUACCAGCCUCCACCACUUCCUCUGGCAGCUCAUUCCAUACAUGCACCACCCCUUUCAUUAAAAAGGUGCCCCUUGGGUCCAUUUAAAUCUUUCCCUUCUCACCUUAAACCUAUGCCCACUCGUUUUGAACUCCCCCACCCUGGGGAAAAGACCUUGUGUAUUUACCUAUCCAUGCCCCUCAUGAUUUUAUAAACCUCUAGAAGAUCACCCCUCAGCCUUGUACACUCCAGGGGAAAUAGUCCCAGCCUAUUCAGGCUCUUCCAGUAGCCCAAAAUCUCCAACCCUGGCAACAUCUUCGGCAAUCUUUUUUGAACCCUUUCAAGUUUCACAGCAUUGCUCCUAUAGCAGGGAGAUGAGAAUUGCAUGCAGUAUUCCAAGUGACCUAACCAAUGUCCUGUACAGCUGCAACAUGACCUCCCACCUCCUUUACUCAAUGCACUGAGCAACAAAAUCAAUCAUACCAAACACCACCUUCACUAUCCUAUCUACCUGUGACUCUGCUUUCAAGGAACUAUGAACCUACACUCCAAGAUCUUUGUUCAGCAACACAGUCCAAGACCUUGCAAUUAAGUGUACAAGUCUUGCCCUGAAUUGCCUUUCCAAAAUCAGCACCUCACAUUUAUCUAACAAACUCCAUUUGCCACUGGCUGGUCCACUUGAUUAAGAUCCCAUUGUACUCUGAGGUAACCUUCUUUGCUGUCCACUACAUUUCCAAUUUUGGUGUCAUCUGUAAACUUACAAACCAUACCGCCUAUGUUCGCAUCCAAAUCAUUUUAUAUAAAUGAUGAAAAGCAGUGGACCCAGCACUGAUCCAUGUGGCACACCCCUGGUCAUAAACCUCCAGUUUGAAAAACAAUUCUUCAACACCACCCUCUGUCUUCUACCUUUGAGCCAAUUCUGUAUCCAAAUGGCUAGUUUUCCCUGUAUUCCAUGUAACCUAAUCUUGCUAACCAGUCUACCAUCAGGAACCUUGUCGAACGUCUUACCGACGUCCAUAUAGAUCACGUCUGUCGCUCUGCCAUCAUCAAUCCUCUUUGUUACUUCCUGCUUGUCCCUCUCCCCUUUGAGAAUAUUCUGCACGAUCUCCAACAUGUCCUUGAUUCUGGCACCAGGAAGCCAACAUGCCAUUCUGAUGUCUCACUGUGGGCCGGAGAACUGUCUCUCUAACACCAGUAUCACCAUUGAUCGCUCGGAAUCUGACGUACCUCUUGUUACAUUAGAGUCAAUCACAGUCUAGAAACCUGGCUGUCAGUGCUACAUUCACCUGAGAGUUGAUCAUCUCCUAUAUUUUUCCAAAACAGCAUACUUGUUUGGGAUGGGGACAGCGACAGGGGACUCCUAUUCUACCUUCCUCCCUCCCCUACCUUUCCUUCAGUUAACCCAUCUACCUGACUGUAUAUUUGCUUUAUUUCCAUUCCUGUAACUGCCAUCCAUCACACCCGCAGCUCCUGUAAAUUCCUCAUUGCUUCUAACUGCGGCUUCAACUGAUCCACGUAAUCCGAUAGGAUUCACAACCACUCUCCCUGCAGACGUUAAUCAUCAGUAAUAUGGAAACUCUCCCUAAUCUCCCACAUCUGACAGGAAGAGCACAUCACUCUACUAAAGGCCAUCUUUUGCACCUUAACCUACAUAGCCAGAAAAUAGCACAGACUGCUCUUUUUUAAAAAAAAUUGCUCCAAACUAACUUCAUAACCUAUGUUUUAUAUUUUUAACAACUAAUUAAGAGGCAGACCUCAAUAAGCAUCAAAAAGGAACCCAAUCUACUCUCUAUUGUAAAUUCACAAAGAUAGAACAGUAAGAUUACACUUUUAAAAAGCCACCUAACUGCUCUCCUGCUGUGAGCUACAUGUAAUUCUGUAGUUGUAGCCUAAUUUGAGCUUUAUAAAGGUGCAGCAUAAUUACCCUAUAUUCCUACUCAAUACUUCAAAUUAUGAAAGCCAAGCUCCCAUACGCUUUGCUAACAACUCUCUCAAUAUUCCUAUUGAUCGAGAAGAUCUGUGCAAGAUGCCACAGUCACCACACAUACAUCCUCACGCACCAUCACUGUGAUGAAACUGUAGAUUUGAAAAAAUCCAGAGUAUAGGUUUGAUUUUUUUUUUGUUUCUUUUAGUGAACUUAGAUAAAUUGAAACUUUUUUUGAGUGCUUCAUAUUUUGUCACUAUUUAUGUCUCAGGUAAAUAGUUAUAUCCAGUUCAUGCAUUUGUGGUUAGGUAGUCUAGAAUUAUUCCACAGGCCAGAAAAUUCCACCAUCCAAGUAUUUGAAUGGAGACAUCACAAAGUAUUAGAAUCCAAUCGCAGCACCAGUGAGAUGUAUAAAAGAACUAUGCAACCUCUUCUUUUUCCCAAAGCCCUGCAAAUCUUCACAAGUAUUGAUAUUUUUCCCCUUUGAAGGUUUUGACUUAAUGUGCUCCAACCAAGUUUUCCAGCCAGUGCAUUGCAGAACACUUCAACCCUUCCCGUUUAAAAACAAGUCUUUGUCAUACUUUUUGAUUAUUUUGGCCAAUUAGUUUAUUUUUUCAUUGUGCAAAAAUAUUUGGUCGCUAUGCAAGAAGUCGAUACCUCUGCAUGCUGACCUGUUCUGUGUGGGAACUGGAAUGCCCCUGUCAUCUUAAAGUAAUCUUUGGCCCAUUGAGUCUGGUCUGCCAUUCAACAAGAUCUUGGCAGAUUUGAUCAUCCUCAACUCCACUUUCCUGCCUUUUCCCCAUAACCCUUGAAUUCUUUACUGGCUAAAAAUCUGUCUACCUAAACUUAAAUAUACUGAGAAACCUAACCUCGACAGCUAAACUCCAAUAAGUGUAGGCCUCUGUUCAACCUCUUGGAAGAAAAUCCAUGGUGACCUAGGCUGAACCUAGUUAACCUUUGGACUGCAGCCAAUCCAAUGUGUUUUCCCUUAAAUAAGGGACAAAACCUGUUCACAGUAUCCUAGGUGUGGUCUAACUUGUGCUUUAUAUAUUUAUAGUUUAUACUCCAUUUCUUUUGAAAUUAAGGCCAACAUUCCAUUUUUCUUCUCUAUUACCUGUUGAGCUUAAAUGCUAAUUUUUUGUGACAUGUGCAUGAGGACACACCCAGAACUCUGCAUUGAAGCAUUCUGUGGAUUUAUUCAUUUAGAUAAUAUUCAGUUUCUCUGUUUUCCCUGUCAGAGUACAUUAUCUCACAUUUCCCCAAAUUAAGCUAAGCUCUUGUCCAUUCACCUAACAUAUCUAGAUAUCUCUGUAGACUCUAUCAUCUUCAGCACUUGCCUUCCCGCUUAUUUUUAUGGCAGCUGCAAACUUGGCUGUAAGUGUAUUCACUGGUGUCAUCCAACUCAUUAAAUAUUGUCAUUAACUGUGGCCUAACACUGAUUCCCACUACUCAUAUACUGUAUCAAUUCUUUCUAAUGGCUAUCAAUUUGACUUUGCUAAUCUACAAGAAGAGUAAAUUCACCAAUGAUUAAUACACUGCCUUUUUUUUACCUACCCUCAUUAUCUCCUGAUAUUAUCUCCAUCCUACUGUAUCACUACUGUUUAGGGGCCUUAGACAAUUCCUACCAAUGUCGUUUUUCUCUUGUUAGUUCUAAUCUUGAUCAAUUUGGAUCCUACGUCAUCUGACCCAAGACAAUUUCUUGUUAUCCUAUUUACUCUAUUAUACUAAAAUAACGCUACCCCACCACUCUUUCCUUCCUACUUGUUCUUGCAAAACAUCACACAGCACUGAAUAUUUAGUUUCCAGUUUUGACUUCCUUAUAACUAUGUCUCCAUAAUGGCUGCAAGAUCAUAGCUAUUAACCUUUCCAUGUGCUAUUAAUUAAUUUUGUUCCAAACACUCUGUGCAUUGAAGAGUCAUUUGUUUUGCCUUUUUACCAUUUUGACCCUAUUUUCUGCUAUGAGUCUUUAUGUACCAGAUACCAGAACUCAUGCAAUGCUCCUUUAUCAUGCUGAGGUAGCUCACUCAAGAUGCUAAUAUGUUGGUUUAGCACCAUAGCUAUACCUUUGGCUCCAAGUAUGCCGAAUCACUUGUCUUAGCAAAGAUAGUUUGCCUACGGAUAGCUUCAUAAUAGCCAUACAUUGUGAUCUUGCAAAUCUUAGUAAUUCCAGGAACUAUAAUUUAUUGUCAAUCUGAAAUUUGUCAGGCACUAAAACAAUACAAAAGGAACUUAGAUUGUGUGAGAUAGUAGGACAGGACAAAUUAAGAGUUAUGCACUUAUGCCUUUUGCACUCCUGCGUCACUUCCUGCCCUUGUAUCAUACGAUUGACUGUGAUGCAACUGCAAUAGCUACUCCAUUCCUGUGACAAUUCCCCUGUAAUAUUCGCAUGUGGGAUAAUAAAUUCUCCCAUCUGAAAUAUAAGAAAUAUAAUGCUUUAAAUUCUUACCUUUAUCACAGUGUGACCAAUUAAUUCAUAAGUUUGUAUUUUUCUGUGGUAAUAUACAGGGGCAAAUAAGGUAUUAAUCAGUUAUGUUUAGAUUAACUAAAAAUUUUUUUACAUUUGUGUUCAUAAUAGUUGUACCACAUGCCAACACAAGAUUGUCAUUCAUUCUAGUUAUUUAACGACAUUAUUAGGAUUUAAAUCUGAACGAUCCAUGACGUCAUUGUACCUUUCGCUUAUUUUGAAUCACUAAACAAUUAGUGAUGAAGCCUUAAAAUAUUAUCCUUCAUCUUAAUAACUGAAAGUAACCAACAGAAUUCAGAAUUUAAUUUUAACAGGCUUUCAAACAAUUUUACAUUCUCUCAUGAUGACCUUUUAACAAAUCUCAAUGAGUAUUUUCAUUGAAUCCCUUGUGUGGAAGCAAGUCAUUCGGCCUAUCAAGUCCUCACUGACCCUCUGAACAGCAUCCCAUCAAGAACUCUUUACCCACCCCAACCCCACCGCACGUUUCCCAUGGCUAUUCCACCAAGCUUGCACAUCUCUCUGGAUACUAUGGGCAAUUUAGCUUUAGCAUUACUACUCCACCUAAUCUGCACACCUUUGGACUGUGGGAGGAAGCUAUAGCACCUAGAGGAAAUCCAUGCAGACACAGGGAGACAGUUGCCUUAAGGUAUAAUCGAACCCGGGGAUCCUGGAGCUGUGAGGUAGCAGAGCUAACCACUGAGCCAUUGUGCUACUAUGGUUACUCCUCAUUGACAUUAUUUUAAUGUAAGACCAGGAGUCAAUAGGCAAACCAAAGAAGGUUCCAUUACUGCUCACUGAUACUCUUGUACCACUUACACUCAAGCACACUAUUGAGUUAUUAUUUAAUAUACAAAGUGAAUCUAGACCUUAGUUAAUCCAAUAUCAAUUGCUGUUGGUAUUGUAUUUUGUUCUGUUAAUUGGAAAUAUUGAUUGUGUUAAAAAUAUUGUAUGUUUUCAUAUUUAAUUAGAUAUUUGGAAUUAUUUUUCGCUAUAACUCUGCUGUAUCUACUGUGGAUCUGUUUACAGUUUUUUAAAAGUAUUCUUGCACUUGUUCUGCUGUGACUGCUGGGCAGUUAAUUGGAAUAUUAUGUUUUACUCAGGGUAUUAUAAAAGCGUAAUGAGUUUCUCCAGAGAGUAGCUGAGUCUUUUAAGCCAGGAAGGUUGCAAAUUUGAUCUUUUGUUCUCUGUUAUCAGUUAAUUUCAGUAAUAUAAGUUUUUGACAGUUGACCUCAAUAUUUUUGUUUAGAAAUAGAAAAUAUGUCAGAACUACCAUUUCAGUUUUGCUUUAAUGGCCUUACUGUAUGUGUGGACAUUAGAUGAUUCAGCUGCACUGUCAAACAUUGUUGAGAUUCCCAUUUGACUAGCAGAGAAUCACAUUCAGAAUUUCACUACUUUUAAUAUGGGGGGUUGGUUGAGGAACAAAUCAGACCUUUCUGACUAAUUUGUGAGCUUAAAGAGCAAAUGGUCAGUAUUGUCUCUCUGAAUUUGACCAUAACUUCAGGAUUUAGUGCAAAUGCAGAUUAACUUAGAAAUCCUGGAUAUGCAGUCUUCCAACAUAGACUGCACUAUAGAUGCUGCCCCCGCCACCUUCACUUACAACCACUCAAAACUGGCAAUCGGUGAGGUCAAUCACUUAUGCCAACCUGUCUAAACCUUUGCAUUCCAUCCCCUGUAGAUAAAAGAAAUGUCUACUCUUAUAUUUUCAAGGAGAAGCUGUAUUUAUGAGAUAUAUACUUCCUAUUAUAAUUACUACAAUUCUGUUAAAUAGAUGUUUAAAUCCAUUUAGCUUUAUUGGUCCUUCUAAACAACCAGCUAAAUUCACCCAAGAAAAUACAACAGAUUACUGAAGUGAUUUUCCUUACAACAAACAGUAAAUUAUAGUACUGUAUAUUCUGUUUUUUUAACGUAUGUUCAGUUAUUUACUGGCUUUAGCGCCACAUUUAUUUAGGCAACUUAUUUUUCUCUUUAAGGGAUACAAGAAUUGCAGUUGAAGAUGAAUAUUCAGAUAUAAAUAUUAUUAUAAUUGUUCACCCCAAUAUUUAAAUGUAAAUUAUGUUGAGGUUUAAAUGGAGAAAGCCGUUAGUGACUUACAAUGAUUACCAGAAAAAGGUUGUGCUAUUUAGUUGACAAAGUGUUGAGCCGGAUGAACACAGCAGGCCAAGCAGCA